AUGGGCAAUUUCGAUUACAGGGUGAAGUAUAGAAAACAUAUACAAAAAAAGUACCAACUAAUAAAAGACAGGAACGCUUGUCUUGGUGAGAAUGUGAAUCUAAACAGCAGAUACACAAAGCUGAUUAUUGUUAACAAAUAUCGUCAUGAAAAGCAGAGAGAACAUGAAAUAAUGGCAGUGGGACGGAGACAUGCAGAAAUCAUGAAUGAACAAGCUCAUUCUUCAAUUACCAUAGAUACUUUAUUUAAACCUGAUGAAGAUGGACAAACGCCACAAAUUGUUGUGCUGCUGGGAGCUGCAGGGAUUGGGAAAACAAUGACAGCAAGGAAGAUCAUGUUGGACUGGGCAGCUGGAAGACUCUAUCAGGAGUUUGACUAUGUUUUCUACAUAAAUUGUAGGGAAAUGAACCUUCUUACUAAGCAGGGAAACAUGGCUGACAUGAUUUUAAAACACUGUCCCAAUAAUAAUGCCCCAAUUAAACACAUUCUGGAAAAUACAGAAAAACUUCUGUUCAUAAUUGAUGGUUUCGAUGAACUGAGAUUUUCCUUUGAUCAGCCAGAAGAUAACUUGUGCUCUGAUCCCUGGGAGAAGAAGCCAGUGGAAAUCAUACUGAGCAGUUUAUUUAGGAAAACAGUUCUCUCUGAAUGCUACUUAAUAAUCACUACAAGACCAACUGCUCUGGAGAAACUCAGGCAGUUUUUGGAAUAUCCACGUUAUGCAGAGAUCCUGGGAUUUUCCAAGGAAGACAGGGAGGAAUAUUUCAACAAAUUCUUCAGAGAUGAAAAACAAGCAACAACAGCCUUUAACUUUGUAUGUGAAAAUGAAAUUCUCCUUACCAUGUGCUUUGUCCCCAUUGUAUGUUGGAUCAUCUGCACGGUUCUGAAACAACAGAUGGAAAGGGGUAAAGAUCUUAAUAACCUGGGGGCCCAGUCCUUUCCCGUCACCUCAUUCAAGAUGGUGGGAUUGGAGAAAUGCGAUUUCACAGCGGCGUGUUGCGGGGAGCUCUCCUCCGCUCUCAGCACCAGCCGGACCCUGGCUGAGCUGGACCUGCGGGAGAACAAACUGGAAGAUUCCGGAGUGAAGCUGCUCUGUGAGGGGCUGACACAGCCAGCCUGCAACCUGCAGAAACUGGUCUUGUCCAAGUGGCAUGUAACCAAAGAAACACAGGCAGAGCCGGAUGCUGUGAAAAAGAUAAAACCUGAUCUGGUCAUAGAGAGAUAG